UUCCCUCCCCGGGUCGCCGCGGCUCCGGGAGGAGCGGGGGGGCCCCCGCUUCCUUCCCUCCCCCCCUCCUUCUCCCACCCGCCACGCCGAGGAGAGGCAGAAGCAGCCAUGGGGUGUAUUAAAAGCAAAGAAGGUAAAGGCCCAGCCAUGAAAUACAGAACUGAAAAUGCUCCAGAACCUGUUAUUUCCCAUGUCAGUCAUUAUGGAUCAGAUUCCAGCCAAGCAACACAGUCGCCGUCAAUAAAGGGAUCAGCAGUUAAUUUUAAUAGUCAUUCCAUGACUCCUUUUGGAGGGCCUUCAGGAAUGACACCCUUUGGAGGAGCAUCAUCUUCAUUUUCAGCUGUGCCAAGUACAUAUCCUAGUACUUUAACAGGUGGUGUUACUGUAUUUGUGGCCUUAUAUGAUUAUGAAGCUAGAACUACAGAUGACCUUUCAUUUAAGAAAGGUGAACGGUUCCAGAUAAUAAAUAACACGGAAGGAGACUGGUGGGAAGCAAGAUCUAUUGCUACAGGAAAGACUGGCUACAUCCCAAGCAAUUAUGUAGCUCCUGCAGACUCCAUUCAAGCCGAAGAGUGGUAUUUUGGUAAGAUGGGCAGGAAGGAUGCAGAAAGACUACUCUUAAAUCCUGGGAACCAGCGUGGUAUUUUCCUAGUAAGAGAGAGUGAAACCACUAAAGGUGCUUAUUCCCUUUCUAUACGUGACUGGGAUGAGGUCAGAGGUGAUAAUGUAAAACACUACAAAAUCAGGAAACUUGACAAUGGUGGAUACUAUAUCACAACCAGAGCACAAUUUGAAUCUCUACAGAAGCUGGUGAAACACUACAGAGAACAUGCUGAUGGUCUGUGUCAUAAGCUAACAACUGUAUGUCCCACUGUGAAACCACAAACGCAGGGACUAGCAAAAGAUGCCUGGGAAAUUCCUAGAGAAUCCUUGAGAUUGGAAGUUAAAUUGGGCCAAGGAUGUUUUGGUGAAGUAUGGAUGGGAACAUGGAAUGGAACCACAAAAGUAGCAAUCAAGACACUAAAACCUGGUACAAUGAUGCCAGAAGCUUUCCUGCAGGAGGCUCAGAUCAUGAAGAAACUGCGACACGACAAGCUUGUUCCGCUGUACGCCGUUGUUUCUGAGGAACCAAUCUACAUCGUCACUGAAUUCAUGACAAAAGGCAGCUUGCUAGACUUCCUUAAAGAAGGGGAAGGGAAAUACUUAAAACUCCCACAGCUGGUCGACAUGGCUGCUCAGAUUGCGGAUGGCAUGGCUUACAUUGAAAGAAUGAACUACAUCCACAGGGACCUCCGGGCAGCUAACAUUCUUGUAGGAGACAAUCUUGUAUGCAAAAUAGCAGAUUUUGGUUUAGCAAGGUUAAUAGAGGACAAUGAGUACACUGCAAGACAAGGAGCCAAAUUUCCAAUUAAAUGGACCGCUCCAGAAGCAGCGUUGUAUGGUCGGUUUACAAUCAAGUCGGAUGUGUGGUCAUUUGGAAUUCUACUGACAGAGCUGGUAACUAAGGGGAGAGUGCCAUAUCCAGGAAUGGUGAAUCGAGAAGUUCUGGAGCAAGUGGAACGUGGUUAUAGGAUGCCUUGUCCACAAGGCUGCCCAGAGUCUCUCCACGAGUUAAUGAAACUGUGUUGGAAGAAGGACCCUGAUGAGAGGCCAACGUUUGAGUAUAUACAGUCUUUCUUGGAGGACUACUUUACUGCUACAGAACCACAGUACCAGCCUGGAGACAAUUUAUAAGCCAACAGUCUAUAUAACAUGCACAAAUCUGCCAAAUGUUAAAGACUUGCAAAGAAUUCCUGAAGUCUCUAAGGAAUCACAGGAAAGAAAAUCUUCGCUACUUUGCAUGCUCUUAAUGGCAAACUGGAAUUUCAUGAUGCAGUUGCACAAAACCACUUUUAAAGUGUUAUACUCUGAUUUACCAAUGACAUGUUUUUAUUUUUUUCCUCUUUCCCAACUUAUUUUCAGGGUCCAAAGGAAGCUUACUGAAAAUACAGGGCAGAAAAAAUGAGUGUUGGUGCGAACAAUAGCAGAAAAACCAAUGUUUCAAAUCCUUUAUUCUCCCAGUAUUUGCUAAUCAUCCUACUAAUGAGAGAAUUGUCUGGAAUUAGUGAUCUUGGGGUAAGGCCUUUUUAAAGCAGAAGAACUUUGUUGGGACCAAGCAGUUCUAUUCCAGUUUAGUAAAACUCCCUGUGUUUAAAACUACAUGUGUGUGCCCCCACCCCCGCAAAACAAAAGAUGGUACAACUGUAUUUGAUUUAUAGUCUUGAUCUUUAAGCUUCCACUUUCAUGGACUUAAUUAGGGUAGGCAGGUAAGAAGAGAAAUUGGAACAGUGAAUGAGAAACUUGAUCUAAAUGGUAGACCUCAAUAGCGAGAUUAGAGAGCAUAAUGCACUGUGUUAAUACUUGUAUUACUAUAACUGGAAAGUAGCAUGAGAGAUUUUUCCUUUUUUCUUUCUGCAUAGCUUAUUAAGAAUAAUGAAGGUAACUAGAAAAUGAGGUAAUAUUUUAUAAAAUUGUGUUGAUAAAGUAUGAUGAUAUUUGAACUUGAAGCUAUGUAAUACAAUCACGGAGGGAAAACCUUUAAUCCUUUAAGCUCCAAUGGAACAGCGAGUUUUUGUAUGGGAAGACUACCUGAACAAAGUUCACCAGGAAAGCAAGACUGAAGCUGGUAAAUGGCCACCUUUUAGUCCUUUUUCAGAGACAGGUUUGGUACUGUUGUAUGUGGCUUGUAAGUGUUAACGAGGGUGGGUGCCACAAGUGCUAUCUGUCACUGGUUCAGGGAUUUGAUUGCACUUUUGCUUUUCUUGACUAUUAAGACACACACACACAGUUGCUCUUCCCACUUCCGCCCUUCCUACAGAAUUAUUUAACUAAAAAUAAAUGAAAGAAAAUGUGAAAGUUUAAAAAGUAAAGGGAUAAAAUAUAUUUAAUAUUGUCCAAGUAAUGAAAUUUGCUGGCAUUCAGCCCAGCUGACACUACAUAUAGAUGAUUUUUUUUUUUUUUUGCUACUGACAUAUCAAGCAAUAACGUCAUGUCUUUUACUCAACAAUUUGCAUGAGGUUCUUGAAUUUUCUGAUCAAGCUUAUAUACUUUAAUUUUGAAACACUCAUACUUAGUUACUGGCUUGGAAUUCAUAUUAUCAUUGUAAAGCUAUCCAACAAAUGAAUUCAGAAAAGCUGGUAAUAUAGUUCUGGUACUAAACUUAACAUUCAUGAGUUUGGUUUACACUACAUUGAAUCCAACUACCAAACAGAUAUGUGUAGAAACAGUGCCAUCAUUUUUCAUUUUCCCUCAUCAUUGCUCAUCAACUAUACAUCUGUGGUUAUCAAAUUUUAAAAGGGCUUUCUGUAAGAAAAACAAAACAAAAAACCACACACAAAAUACUCAACCCAAAAAUAUGAUGAAAUUUUAAUUUUUCUAAAUAUUUUAAAAUUAAUAACACAAUCAUAUGAGUUUAUGUAUUAAUACAGUCAUAACAAAAAAUGCCAAAAAUUACACUGGCAUUAUAUGGAUUUUUAAUUACUGAAUGGAACAGUUCAUUGUAAUAACACUUGUAUAGUAAAGGAAUAAAACACUAACUUAAUGAACGUGUUCAUUGUAAAUGGUUGUGUAUUAUAAAACUUCUCCAAAAGAGUUUGUAUGUUUAUGAAAAUUUAUUUGUUUCACCUGAAGACCUUGAUGUGGUUCUUACCCUAACAGAGUUUAAAAUUCACAUUCACACUUUUUAUAUAAAUAGUAAUAAGUUUAAUUAUGUAACUAAGUAUUUUUAUAAAGUAUGGCAUUGUUGAACUGUUUUGCAGAAUUGGUUCAAAAUAAAUUUCACCUUGAUUGCA